AUGUCGUGUCCAGCUGCGACCCAGCAGCAGUCCGAGAAUGGCUGCCCAGUCACAAAAACUCACAGAGAUAGCAGCUCAAGAUGGAAGCCUUCCAAUUCACAAUUGCAAGAGAUACCACAGCCACCUCCACACUUGUUUGGUCUACUCGGAAACAUCCCGGACGUCGACUUCACAUAUAUCUUCAAAGAUAUCAACCGAUUUCAACAAAUAUACGGCCCGAUCAUCAAGCUGAAAUUCUUCCAAGAAGUUGUGUUCGUUGGGAGUCAAGAACUCGUCAACGAGGUCUGCGAUCUCAAACGCUUUAAUAAGCUUAUUGGCCGUGUUCUCCAAGAGGCUCGUGCGCUCGCUGGAGAUGGACUGUUCACUGCACAAAACGAGGAGCCCAACUGGGGCAAGGCACAUCGCAUGUUGAUUCCCACAUUUGGACCUUUCGGCAUCCAGAAAAUGUGGGGUGGCAUGCAAGACAUUGCCUCACAGAUGAUCCUCAAGUGGGAUCGACUCGGGCCCGACCACGAGAUCGAUUGUUCGGACGAUCUGACGCGACUUGCGUUCGACACGAUAGGCCUCUGUGCCUUCUCAUACCGCUUCAACCAGUUUUACUCAGAAGAAGUACACCCGUUUGCGACUCAAAUGUCAGAUGUCCUUGCAGAGAGUGGCAGGAAGGCUGGGCGACCACAACUCAUUCAAGCACUGUAUCGGAGAGCUGAACGGAAAAGAGUGGCGGACGUGCAAGCUAUGCACGCGCUCUGUGACGAAAUUGUGGCUGAUCGCAAGAAGCACCCACAACCAGACAACAAAGAUUUGUUGAAUGUGAUGCUCAACUCCAGAGAUCGGGAAACUGGAGAGGGACUUUCUGAUGAGAACAUUCGUUAUCAGCUUACCACAUUUUUGGUAGCGGGGCAUGAGACAACUUCCGCAACGCUCGCCUUCACGUAUUAUAACCUACUAAAGCAUCCCGAAGUCCUUCUCAAGGCUCAGACGAUUGUAGAUGAGGUUGUGGGCGACGAAGUUCUGACCUUGGAGCAUGUCCCUAAACUCGAAUAUAUCGACGCCUGCAUCAAAGAGACAUUGCGUCUGUCAUCGCCGAUCGGCGGAUUCACAGUUAGCUCCAAGACCGAUCAGAUCAUUGGGGGUAAAUACCUCAUACCCGCCAACACUCCUGUCACGGUGAACAACAGCGCCCUCCAUCGUGAUCCAGCUGUCUGGGGCGACGAUGCCGAAGAGUACAGACCAGAACGCUGGCUUAACGGAGCCUACGCGAAGCUGCCACCGAAUUGCUGGAAACCAUUCGGGAAUGGAAUGCGGGCAUGCAUUGGCCGUGCCUUUGCUGAACAGGAAAUGAUCAUGAACGUCGCAAUGGUUCUUCAGCGCUUCCAGCUUGAGAUGGCAGAUCCGUCCUACGAACUCCAAGUAAAAUCGACCCUGACGAUCAAGCCUGCCAAUUUCCGGAUGAAGGUCAAGCGCAGGCAAGGCAAGUCCGUCUAUGUUGGCAUCCCAGGUGGCGUUCAGAAGUCAGAUAAGAAGAGCGCGCACCCGAAAGUUGACGAACCAUUGCAAGCGAAGAGCGGCAAGCCUCUUUCCAUAUAUUUUGGUGGCAACUCAGGCACUUGUGAGGCCUUAGCGCAGGGCCUGGAGACAGCCGCUAAAGACCGAGGAUUCAAGACUUCCAUAUCCAGCCUUGACUCUGCCACGGAAGACAUCCCCACCGAUCGACCCGCUGUCUUCAUCACAUCAUCAUAUGAAGGACUUCCGCCGGACAACGCCAAGAAGUUUGUCACCUGGCUCGAAGGACUGAAACAAGACUCGCGCCCAUUGGCAAACGUGAAGUAUGCUGUUUUCGGUGUCGGAAAUUCUGAUUGGGCGACCACAUUCCAUCGCAUCCCCAAGCUCGUGGAUGAUUUCAUUGCGAAGGCUGGUGGCACACGAAUUGCGGAGCUGGGAACUUGCAAUGUAAAGACAGAUCUUAUCGGUCCCUGGGACGAAUGGUUGCACAAACUCAUGAGAACGCUCACAGCUGGCGACGGGGAUGCCGGCGAGCCACAUGAGCCUACAAUCAAAGCUACGCUUCAGCGCAGACCCUCAACUUCGGAUGGCGAAGCUCCCAAGUAUGGCACGAUCAUAGCCAACAAAGAGCUUGCAGGCACAGAGAUGGGACCAGCCAAACGUCAUAUCGAAGUGCAGCUGCCAGAGGACACUCCAUAUAUCGCUGGCGACUAUCUCGUCGUGCAGCCUCGCAACCCUCUGGCCUCAGUACAGCGGGUUACAAGGCUCUUCGAUCUCCAUGAGCACGAUCUAGUAUCCUUCAGUGGAACGUCCAAGAAGUUCCUACCUCAGGAGCCUACUUCUGUCCGCGAAUUUCUUUCAUCUGCAGUCGAGCUCGCGACUCCCAUCACUAAGCGCCAACUGGAGAUUGUAUCCCGACAUGCUCCUGGGAAUAAGAAAGACGCCUUGGCUCGUAUGGCAGACAACUACGACAAAAUCCUGGAGAAGCGGUACAGUGUCAUUGAUGUUCUCGAGGAGACGGGUACCACCAUUCCCUUCGAACAAUACGUCGACAUGCUUCAGGUCUUGGCGCCUCGCCAAUACAGCAUCUCAUCCUCGCCACUCGUGAGUCCCGACGCAGUCUCACUCACAAUCGAUGUUCACGAGUCACCCGCGCUGUCUGGACAAGGCGAAUUCCGGGGUGUCGCAUCCACAUACCUGGCUUCGAGAAGAUUAGGGGACAGGAUCACAUGCUUCGUUCGGCCCACACAAAUCGGUUUCCGCUUGCCACAACCGAAAACUCCUCUUAUCAUGUUCGCAGCUGGAACAGAUAUUGCGCCAAUGCGGGCCUUCUUGCAAGAGCGUUCCGCCAUUGCCCAGGCACAGGGCGCAGAUGUACUUGGCCCUGCAGUCCUGUGCUUCGGCUGUCGCCACAAAGACAAAGAUUACAUCUACCGCGAUGAACUCGAGAAUUGGGAAAAGCAAGGCAUCGUCAAGGUCCUAACAGCUUUCAGUAAGAUGGACGAUGGAGAGCACCGACGCUAUGUGCCAGAUUUGAUUGCUGAGCACAAAGAAGAGCUCUCCCAGAUGUUUAGAGACGGCGGCAAAGUCUUCCUUUGCGGUAGUGCUGCGAGACUGGGGAAGAGUGUUUCCGAGGCUUGCAUGAAACUUUAUGCUGAGGCUCGUGGAGUGACCAUGGAAGACGCAGAGAAGUGGUUGCAGAGCGUGAAGACUGAUCGAUAUGUGAGCGAUGUGUACUAA